AUGGAGCUGGAGGCGAAAGCGCAGUCGGAAUGUGUGGGGCUGGAGGACUUACUCGUGGACGAUGAGCUGCUGGAGAUGGUACUGGCCUUUGUUGGCGGCGCACGUUUGCCCGGGCAGCACGUGAACCUGCCCUGGCGCUACCUCCUCCCCACACUCGCCCUCGUCUCCAGCCGGUGGCGUCGACUGAUGGCCAAGCCUGAGGUGCGACGCUCGCUGAUCGCAGGUCUGGUGUUCGCCUUUGGCGAUUACCAGAGCCCCACGGGGCUCACAGAAGACCGAAAGGGGCUGCCGACUAUCAUCAGGUCCCUGGAGCGGGUGCCGGUGGUGGACGUGUGCGCGGGCUGGCAGCCGCCAGGGAGCCACGCCCUCUUCCUCAGCGCCACUGGCCAGGUGCCCUCAUCGCCCUCUCGCACCGUCGUCUACGCAUUCGGGUCAGGUCGCUACGGAAAGCUGGGCCUGGGCAAUCUGCUCGACCACGACAGGCCAGUGCUGGUUGACACUCUUUCAGGCGUGAACGUGCGACAAGUGGCUGCGGGCCAGUUCCACAGCUUGGCGGUGAGCGAGCGGGGCGAGGUGUUCGCCUUCGGGUGCGAUGACACGGGCCAGCUGGGCCUGGGCCGAGGCCACGGCUACAACCCCUACCAGCUCUACGAGACCAGCCUCCAGGCUCGCCUGGCCAACGUGACCGUGCCGGAGCGCAUCGCCGCUCUCGCGGGCCGGCACAUCGUCGCCGUAGCCGCCGGGACCCAUCACAGCCUGUUUCUGAGCCGCGAGGGCCACGUCUUCUCCUGCGGGAUGGACAAAUACGGGAAGGGGAGACUGGGGUACAAGGUGGACCAGCAGGACAACAUCCAAAAGCUUCCGCUCAUGAUCGAAUGUCUCUCGCAGCAUCGAGUGGUCGACAUCUCAGCUGGUGAGGCACACAGCUUGGUGGUGACCGACGCGGGAGUGUUGUUCGGGUUUGGGUCGAAUGUGAACGGCCAGCUGGGCCUGGGCAUGGCGGACACCCAGUCACACCUGCCGACGCCCGUCUCCGUCGCCGGCGAACCCGCCAGCCUGGGCCUUGAGGGAGUUGUGAGUGUUAAGUCGAGUGUCGGCCAGGUCGUGCAAGCGGUCGCCGGACAACAGCACAGUCUCGCGGUAACAUCGUGCGGCCGCGUCUAUUCGUUUGGUCUCGGCUCGCUGGGCCUCGGAGACACGGAGGACCGAGCGACGCCGACCCUGGUGGCUGCCCUCGGCCUGGUCCCGGUCACGCGCGUCUCCACCUCCGGCCGCUUCUCUUUCGCCGUCGCGUGA